AUGUCGGAGGGCUCGGAACAAAACGCUUUGGAAAUUAAUAAGGUCUGGACCUUCUUGGAUAAAUCCCAUGACUUCCCUAUGAAGAACGCGUUCAAGUAUUUUGUCCCAGCAACAGGAAAGUUCGAGCAGAUGCCAACUAACGCGCGACUUUUACUUGUCGGGUGGGACGGAUUUUCGAUAUUAGAGUCGACUUGGGUGUUAUGGGAGACUAUAGAAAAAAGAAAGAAGUACGACCCAAAAAGGGUUUUAAAACAAUUCAUAGAGACAAAUACAUUGGAUAACACACUAAUACAACCGCCACUCAAUAAAGUUCUUCCCGCGAGAGAAUUGAUGCCCGAAAAGAUUACAUCGUCGUGUAUUGAUGAAUCAACUACAGAGAUGUUUGAAGUCAAAUGGGUCAAUGGAGACGAGAUCUUCGUGUCACAAGAAGAACCCAUCUUCUUUCAAAGACCCCAUUACAAAAGACUACUCGAGAGCUUCAGAAAUGUCGUCCCCAAUUUCGUCCCGUUCAGUUCAAUCAAAGAAAUCCCAACCAAUUUAGAAAGUCUGGAGAAUAAAGACGACGUGAAGAAACUGUUUCAAACACUCCAUGACGGCAACGCCGUUAUUAUUAAGUCGACAGACCCACAAGAACCCGCGAGCGAUUUCAUGUUUAAGUCAGACAUUCUUAUGUACUUGGGAAAACUCUUUGAAGCCGGAGCUAAGGGUCCACAUCUGAUCAUCACAGACGCAGAAAAUUUCGACUUCUAUCAGGAGAAUAUACAACGACUCGUACCAAAGGCAUAUUCCACGUUCAUUAAUUACAGCGGAAGUCAGAAGGAGGUCUAUCAGGAAAUGAUCGAGAAGGAGCUGUACCAUCCGGACACUAAUGUAGUCAAAUGUACGUUUGUUGUGAUGACCACAAUGUUCUAUAAAAUCCUCCCAGAAGCGCAAUUUGACAUUGCGAUUGUCGACACCAAUCCAGACGUCUUUUUUAAAGCGCCAUUUUUCAUUGAAAACAAGACGUUUGUCGUGCUGAACGGAGACUUGCCGUUCGAUGAAACUGCGAUGACGAGUCAUAUGACUCGUCGGAAGAUUGCGAAAGUCGAGACGAUCAUACGAGGGUCUCAGUUGUCCUAUAUUAAAUACAUCGACGUGCUUCUGAAGAUGGAGCCAUGGCAAAGGAAUAUUUAUAAUCCUCUUUUAGAACAUCUUAAAACGGCGGAUCAUCAGCAUUUGAAUGUUGUGGUCGAAGAGAUUAAAAGAGUCUUAACAUAUGCACAAGGUGAUGGGAAAGGGCCUGGGACUAAAGUGAGUUUUGUGAAGAAUUUGAUCAAUUGUAUGUCACAGAAAAAGACGAGUGUGUUUGUGUGGAAAAUUGCGGUGAUUGGCGACAACGAUAAAGCACUCCAGUUCAUUGCUAACACAUUCAAAGCGAAUUACAUCUAUUGGAAAAUCGAUACGGAAAGAAACGAAGUGAUUUCGCAGGUCAUGCAAACGACGUCCCAAGUGGAAGCCACAAAAGUUGUUGAAAUGUAUAAAGCAAAGAAAUAUGAUGUGAGCAAAAUAGUGUUGAACAACACUGUUGUAUGUGUUGACCAUAAUUGUUGUGACACGAAAAUCGAUUUAAGUUGUGUUGACAUUGUCAUUAAUAUAUGCAACGACUGUUCACCAAACUUCGAGAAGAACAUCCGGAAUCGACUCCUCAUCGCAACGAAAAAGCCGAUUUUGGCGUUCGAGCCGUAUGUCAGAAAUUCGAUUGACGCGAUUACAAGUUCGAUGAAUGAGAGCGACAAUUCAUACACGCCACAAGAACAAAAUGAGUUGUAUCAAAAACUUGUGCGUGACAAUUUGUAUGACUACGGAUAUACUGGAGAGAUUGUCGACAUCCCUCCGGGUGACUUGAAUCUCCAGGAAAUCAUCAUUCGAUACACAAGAAGUGAAAAUUUGCAGCUUGUGUUAUAUGAGAACUCCGACGCGUUUUCGUACAUCGACGGAUUUUUAAAGAAAGGCUCCAUCACGAACACAAUUCCUUUGGAAGAGUUAAAAAAGAUGGAACAGGAGAAUGGGACGUAUAUCCCACGCGCUCGAAUCGGCUCGAAAGACCCAUUUGCUGUCAGACAGAAACCAAACAUCAAGAAGACGUCCUCUGGAGUCACGAACAAAGAUCGGAUAUCAACUUUGUUCCCGCCAGAUGUCGUGAAAGUCCCAAUCAUAUCGGAAAGCCCUUACACCAAAAAUAAGAGUCAAAACACUUUCAUUCCCGUCCCAUCGAAAGUCCUCAUCACGAACGAAGAUUCGGAUACUUCAGACGAGGAAACACAAAAGAACAAUGGAAAGACAAAGAAGGCAAAUGCGUUGGAACAGAUCGCACAAACGUUUUAUCCACUUUCGAAGGGUCGGCCUAUUUCACAGAUAGUCAAAUUGGUCAUUUCGGCAAUUAAUAAGUUUGGGGCUGAUGUCUUGGACUGGAACGUCAGUUUUGACGAAUUUGUCCCACUGUCGAAGCCCGAAUUACAAACUCUUGUGGACAAAAUAAUUCAGUGCAAAGAGCUGGACACCUCCGUCUUACAAAAUGUCGAGAAGAUUAAAAUACUGUUCAACGCGUUGAGAUACAUAACGACGAAGAAGAAGAUGCUGCCAUUCCCAGAAUCGGAUUUGAAGUUCUGGGAUUGUUCGUGUGACUUGGCUAUGCUCGAUCAAAUAAAGAAGUUUGGGUUUGGUGUGCCUUCACUGUAUUUGAAUGAUAUGGUCAUACAAUGCGUGAUCAAGUUUGGUGGGCUGAAGACCGACCAAGAGAAGGAGAAGUUCCUGAAUAUCAGAAUAGACAAUAUGGUGAACGCGUAUAAGGGAUUGGAAUUGGUGAAUAGAGCGUAA